CCUUCUCUGAUUUUCAGCACUGUGGACAGCAUCAGGCAGGGGCGGGGCUUGUUGAAAUAUUCCGUUCCGAUGUGCGUAAAGAAAAGACCUUACGUCACGUGACCGCCUUUUACUCCCAAACCCAUCAUUUGGGAAUAACGUAACAUAUUUCGGUCUGAGCAGCGCCAGAUCUGGCCGUUUCCUCCAAUGUGUUUGAAUGCAGAUUAAUCCAGGAUGCUAUUUAAACAAACGGAGGGAUUCUAGCGACAUUCUCGAACUAAACUGGAGUUUGGUUUUCAAGGCAGCUGAGAUUGAAGUCUGCGUGCCUGCUGUUUGCAAGUGGAGGAAAAUACUGAACGGUCAUCAUGGCAGAAAACAACUUCCCUCCCCUGCCGCGAUUCAUCCCUCUCAAGCCAUGUUUUUACCAAGACUUCAAUGAGAUCCCAGACCAGCAUCGCACAAUGUGCAAGAAGAUCUACUACCUAUGGAUCUUGAAUAGUGCCACACUGGCUGUUAAUCUGAUUGGCUGUCUGGCGUGGAUGUGUGGAGGUGGCGGGGUGACCAACUUUGGGAUGGCCUUCCUGUGGCUUAUCCUCUUCACCCCCUGCUCCUACGUGUGCUGGUUCAGGCCCAUCUACAAGGCCUUCAAGACAGACAGCUCUUUCAACUUUAUGGCUUUCUUCUUCGUCUUCAUGGCCCAGGUGGUGAUCAGUAUUAUCCAGAGUGUUGGCAUUCCAGGCUGGGGAGUGUGUGGCUGGCUAGCUACCAUCAGUUUCUUCAGCACCAACAUUGGCUCCGCUGUGGUCAUGCUGAUUCCCACCAUCAUGUUUACUGCGGUGGCUGUACUGUCCUUCACCGCCCUCGCAAAGGUUCAUAACUUAUACCGUGGCAGUGGUGGCAGCAUGGGUAAAGCCCAGGAGGAGUGGGCCAGUGGGGCCUGGAAGAACCCCCACGUCCAGGAGGCAGCUCAGCAGGCGGCCAUGGGAGCUGCACAGGGAGCCAUGCAGCAGAACCAGUACUCAGCAGCUCCCACCUACAACUACGACGAUCCGAUGUAGGGCAGAUGAGGAGGCCAGGCUGCUGAGUGGGAGAGAUAAAAAGGGAUCAAUUAAGAACACAAAUCAGAAUUAGGUGCCCUUCAUUACAACACUGUACAAGCUGAAUUCAACCAGAACAAUGUAGAGAAAAGUCAUGUUUUUGGUGGAAGUGUACUUUUAUUGAAUUCUGACACACAUGGGAGUUAAUAAUUUAAGUCACUUCACAUCUAAAAUAAUAGACGGUUAUUUAAAAAGCUGUUUUUUUUCUCUCUUAAACUGCUCAACUUUAGCUGGUCAAUGUGUGUAGCUUUCCAACGGAGACACAUAAUAUAGCUAAAACCCAUCCUCUGAGCUUCAUCCUUUUAUUCAGGUAGGUUCACCUGUGGUCAGCACAGUGACUUCUCUGCCUAUGCCUGUGUCCCACUUUUAAAACAUCUUUUAAUUACCGUUGUAAUGUGUUUUUUUAUUUAAAGUAGUAGCUAUAUUGUUAAGAGUUUUACUUUCAUUAGCCUUAGGGUCACCAAAUGCUAAAUAAAUUUGCUGAUAACAAGUCUCAGUAGAGGGAUGGUUUGACAAUUUGGAAAAUACGAUUAUUUACUUUUCUGCUGAGAGUUGGAUGAGAAGAUAGAUACCACUCUCAUGUCUGAGAGUGGUAUCUAUCUUCUCAUCUAAUUCUCAGCAAGAAAGCAGAUGAUGUCAAAUGAUUCCCAUGAAGUUUAGGGUACAAUUAAACCUUUAGUUAUUUAUUCUGGAACAUAUCCUUUUAGAUACUGGCCAAUCUUUUUCUUACUAUCUUAACUUUGUUACUUUUUUGUUGAAAAAUACAAAGUUGAACUUGGCCAAAAUCUUCAUAUUUUAAAAAAUUGCAAAUUUAACAGGAAGAUGAAUAAAAGGACCAAAUACUUUGUCUCUGACAUGAUUUAAAUCAUAAGACAUUUGCUGGAAGUGAUAUCUAGCACAAAAUGUAUUGAGCAUGUAGUUUUUCCAACUCAAAAGCUUUUAAAUCCCAGAGAAAAUAGUAACAGUUCAUGUUUUGGUGACCUGAUUGUGUUUUUUUCACUGAUGUGAAGUUGCUCUGCGUCAGUGAACCUUUCAACAUUUUUAUUUAACAUUCUCAGGAAAGAUGUGAUAGCGGGUUUUAAAUUCUACCUGUAAAGCCCUAAGAGUGUCAACAUAUCAGGCUUGUCUCCUUUUAAUCACCAUUAUUCAUUGGUUUUGUCAUUACACACUGGUUAUGUGUUUAGUAGGUUGAUUUCAGUGAAAUGAAUGAUUAUUACAUGUUAAAGUGAUGCACAUGCAGUAUUUAGGAUUGCAGUUCAUUGGAUAAAACAUUCCAAAUCAACGUUGUACAGGUUAAAAGUGAAUGAAAACCAAAACAAUUGCAGGACAUACAGUAAAUAUUAAUAAUCAUUGUUGUAGGUGGUCAUAGCAUUGUAUGAAGUUUUCACCCCUUUGGCAAAUUCUCCCACUUACCCCUACAUGUAAAUGCUUAAAUGAAGCUCUGGAUUUCAGGCCUUAUUGUGUCAUUUCGUGGCUGUUGGUGUUAUUCUAUGAGUAGGUGUAAUAUGAUAUUUAUAUAAAAGAAAAUAUAAAAUUCAAGCCAGUUAUUUCUUCAUGAGGUGAAAUUGAAAGAGGGAAUAUCUGUGUGUCGCCGUUCAGUCAGAGCCUGUCAUAUUGAUUUCAGUGUCACUCAAGUCUUCUUUGAAAACGUCUUUAAGAUUCAGUAGAUGGUUAUUACAGUAAUAUAGUAUUAGACCUGAAACAGAUGUGAAGAAUCGUGUCUGAAUGAUCGUUAUUUCAAAACCUGUGAGUCGUCUUGUCUGAUUGUGAUGAUGUGGUAUUCAAUAGACUUUUACUUUUUAGUUGUUGUUUUUUGUACCAACCUAUACAUUUUAUGUGUAUUUUGGAUGAUGUGUGGAUGAGUUUGAAGCACAUGUUUGUUGGCUUUCAAUAAGUGUAGGUAACAGACUUUGAGUUUUUAUUUUUUUUAAUUUUUAUUAUAAUUUAAUAAAAACUUAGAUAAUGUUUGGCACCUGUUGACAUCAGUGCAAACUAAAUCCACAGUGGAGCAAUACAAACAUAAAUAUAUUAAACAGUAGACUUAAGGAUCAAGUGGGAUCCUGUUGUGCAGGCUUCAAAUAAAGACAAGCGUAACAUAAACUGUUAUGAAUUAAUAAAAUGGGCCUGUGUUGACACCACUUGUAUAAUUUUACAAAUGCACAUUUUCACCAGCAGAUGCACACACAGUAGUUAUGAACCCUGUAAACUGUACCACCCACACGCUCAUCUGUUAGCAAAUGCUAAAAGUUUAGCUGAUCAGUUCUAUAAAUUAAGUGUGAAGUCUGCCAAAAGAUGAACAAACUACUUUUCUGUGUAUAGCAAAUUAUCAAGGUGAAUUGUGAAUCAGUCCAAACUUUUCUGCCAUAUGUAUAUACAGCACGGUUAAUGUGAUUAUGAAAACUACAGCUGUAUAGGUAUCAUGCAGCAGGAACUGCAGUGUACUGGAUACUACUAAUAACAUUUAAUGCUGCUGUAUCAAUGCUUCUGAAAGCCAUUUCCCAUUAGCUCCCACGUGUACUGUAUGUUGUUUGAUAUGUAUCAUCAUGUAUUAUAUCAUAACUGGAUAUAAAUAUAUAAUUACUUGAGGUGAGGAAAAUAUUUGUCAUGGAUAAACACAUUCAAUAGAAACAUGCUCUAAUUAGGUAAAUGAAAUGUUUGAGGAGGCUGUGUCUCCAUGAGUGAAGUAAAUGAGGAAUACAUUUUUGUGUAUUACUUUUGUAUAAUUUGGUCUUACCCUAAUAGAUAUUAAACAGUUCUUGUUGCA